AGGGCGAUAUCUGUAGUACAGUACACAUUUCGUUUCGGUUUAUCACCGAUACAUAUUUUCACAAAUCUCUGUGUCUCUUGUGUUGCCGAAAUGGCUACUUUGCUGAAGGUCACGACAGCACUUGCGAAAGUUGUGCCAAAAUCGCCGAGGGUGCAAGCGUCUGUGUUUACCAGCAAGAAAUGGCGUUCAACUAGUGCUGCCACCUAUCAGCAGACCGUGCUGAAUAUUCCUGAAACCAAGGUGACCACAUUGGACAAUGGUUUGAGAGUGGCAACAGAAGACUCAGGAAUUCCCACCUGCACGGUUGGUUUGUGGAUUGAUGCAGGAAGCAGGUUUGAAAAUGAGAAGAACAAUGGAGUGGCCCAUUUUCUGGAACAUAUGGCCUUUAAGGGAACACAGAAGCGCUCACAGACUGAUCUGGAACUGGAGGUGGAGAACAUGGGAGCACAUUUAAAUGCUUAUACAUCCCGUGAACAGACAGUCUACUAUGCCAAAGCCUUUUCACAUGAUGUGGGAAAAGCUGUUGACAUUUUGUCUGACAUCAUACAGAACAGUACAUUGGGUGAGAAUGAGAUUGAGAGGGAACGUGGAGUGAUCCUUCGAGAAAUGCAGGAGGUGGAGACCAAUCUUCAAGAAGUUGUGUUUGACCAUCUACAUGCAAUCGCGUACCAGGGAACACCUCUUGGCAGAACCAUCUUGGGGCCCACUGAGAACAUAAAGUCAAUCAAGAGGGAUGAUUUAGUGGCGUAUAUCAACUCCCACUACAAAGGCCCUCGUAUUGUGCUCGCAGCUGCUGGUGGUGUGGACCAUAAUUCCCUGGUUCAGCUGGCUGAGAAGCACUUUGGAAAUCUGACAGCUGGCUAUGAUGGGGAGAUUCCACUGCUGCACCCAUGCCGCUACUCUGGAAGUGAGAUUCGAGUCCGGGAUGACAGCAUGCCUCUGGCCCAUGUUGCGAUCGCAGUCGAGGGAUGUGGCUGGACCAAUCCAGACAACAUUGCCCUGAUGGUGGCCAACACUCUGAUUGGUAGCUGGGACAGGUCACACGGUGGAGGUGAAAAUCUGGCCAGCCCAUUGGCUGCGAGCAGUGCAGUAGCAAACCUGUGUCACAGCUUCCAGUCCUUCAACACAUGCUACACUGACACUGGUCUCUGGGGAGUUUACUUUGUAGGCGAACGACUGCAGAUUGAAGAUAUGAUGUUUAACAUCCAAAGUGAAUGGAUGCGACUGUGUAACAAUGCCACAGAGUUUGAAGUUCAGCGAGCAAAGAAUUUAUUGAAGACAAACCUGCUGCUGCAACUGGAUGGAUCCACUCCAAUCUGUGAAGAUAUUGGAAGACAAAUGCUGUGUUACGGUAGACGCAUACCGUUGCCUGAAUUGGAAGCCAGAAUAGAUGCUGUGAAUGCCAAGGUUCUCCGUGAAGUGUGCACGAAGUAUAUCUAUGACAAAUGCCCAGUGGUGGCAGCUGUAGGUCCAACUGAACAACUGCCAGACUACAACAGAGUUCGAUCCAGUAUGUACUGGUUGAGGUUAUAAUACAGUGUGUAGAUUUGAGAUGUACAAACAGUGUUGUUGUUUUCAAACUAUAAGGAUGAUAGGACAUAUUUGUGACAUUCGGAAGACGGACUGUGCAGAUACAGAGAAUUCACUUGUCAAACAGUGCUGCCGCCGUAUUUUGUUAAUAAAUUUGUGAAGCUGUA